CUUGACUGACAGAAGAGACAAAGAGGACUUACUGCAAAGGUCCUUACUGCUGCUAUUAAGGAAUAAUCCAGGAGGGAGAAGAUGGAAACAAACACUCUGACAUCCGGUAUCCAGUUAGGAGAUGCUGUGACCUUCCCUGAUGUAGCUGUGAGCUUCUCCCAGGAUGAGUGGCUGUGCCUGGACCCCUCUCAGAGGAAUCUCUACAGAGAUGUGAUGCUAGAGACCUACCAGCACCUGCAGGACAUAGGGCAUUGUGGGGUGAAGCCUGCGAUUAUCUUCUGGUUGGAAGCUGGAGACCCUGGAAUGCUACAGAGAGGCAUGUUUCCAGAUGGUGGACCACAAGUUCCGAUAGUGACAUUUCAGAAAUUUUCUUUUGGAAUGGAAUAUCAAAAAAAGUAUGAGAUGAGAAACAGCCAGACCCCGUUGGAUGGAGCUGAUCCUGUGCUGCGUGCCACCGUCUGGAGGAAACCGUCCUGUCCAUAUCCCAGUGGGAGUGAAGAAUCAGGGGGCAUCUGCUGUGAAGUGGACCAGAGUGAAGAGAAAUUUCUUGCGCCAGAGCCAGUGACCACUGUGCAAAACUCCCCUGAAUCUGCUCUGCCCAGUCCCUGGACUCAGACCCCCACAGUGGGACCAUCCUGGGAAAGGCGAACAACAGUGUUUGCUCUGAGCCCCUCACAAUCUCAGGCUAACCAGCAAAUCACCUGUAGAGUGAAGCCACCUGAGUGUAAGCAAUGUGGGGGGGACUUUGUGUGUGCCCUGCAACUUGAAGUUCCCUCAGUCACCCUCAGUAUAAAGGAUACCGCUGAAGGUCUGCGGGGUGGAUAUGCCCUGAGUCAACCAGAGAGACAGAGAGACACUAGGGAAGUCCAGACACGAGAGAAGCCAAAUAAAUGUCAGGAGUUUGGGAAGGUAUUUUCUCAGUCUUCAUACCUUAAUAGGCACAAGAGAGUUCUUAGAGGAGAGAAAGUGUUUACAUGUCAGGAGUGUGGGAAGACUUUCACUUUAUCCUCACACCUUAAUAAGCACAAGAAAAUUCAUUCAGGAAAGAAGCCAUAUACAUGUCAGGUGUGUAGGAAGGCCUUUACUCAAUCCCAAGGUCUUCAUAAUCACAAGAAAAUUCAUAUGGGAGAGAAACCUUAUACAUGUCAGGCAUAUGGGAAGGCCUUCUCUCAAUACUCAGGUCUUUAUAGUCACAAGAAAAGUCAUACUGGGGAGAAACCUUAUACUUGUCAGGAGUGUGGGAAAGCCUUCACUCUAUCCACACACCUUAAUAGACACAAAAGAAUUCAUACUAGAUAGAAACCUUAUACAUGUCAGGAGUGUGGGAAGGCCUUCAGUUCAUCCUCAGGUCUUUAUAGUCACAAGAAAAGUCAUACUGGAGAGAAGCCUUAUACAUGUCAGGAGUGUGGGCAGACCUUCACUUGCUCAUCAAUCC